AUGAGUUUCCACAUGUUUGCUAUGUGGGAAAAGGAAGUAGAGACUUUCUUUGAACAAGUUCCCCAAACAAGCUGUCUCAAUUCCCCUCUCAAACAUGCACCACCAAAACUGAAAAGGGACCCAGCGUUCCAUAAAAAACGCCGGUCGAGCAUCUCGGAUGACAGCGCAAUAGGAAACUUUUGGAACAGCAUUGAACCCGUCAUGUUACCAAAAAGUGGGCUAUCUAGAAGAGUCAGCUUUCUCGAGUUUCGCCAACCCGCUCACCUCGACUUCUUUUGGGAGCAGUAUGGAGACAUCUUGGUUACUCCAUAUCAAAACGUAACAAGACCACGUCGAACCGGGCCGCUGCGUAUCGUAAAAUUCAGAAGUUCACCGGAAAUCAGAUAUUAUCGCAAGGAUGAAGCGCCCAUUCGGAUUGGGGAAUACCAUGGAUGGGAUGUAAAGGCUCUUUUGAUGGCUGCUUGGAUUGUGUUAUGGGCCGUGAUUCUUGAGCAGUUGUUGUACAAAAGAUGA